AUGCAGAUCGAUGACACCUUCUUCUCGGUGCGGUUCAAAUAUGGCGCCCACACAAUCCUGAUGUUUGUCGAUGGGCAGCAGAAGUUCUCCGAGAUUACCACCUCACUGCUUGAAGUGCUCCGCGACAGAUUCCCCGAUGGUCUCACAAUCAGUCACACCUCUUCCAAGACAACAGCACUCCCGGAGGGCGAUGUACAGCUGGCCUAUGCGCUGCCUGUAAAUGCAGCCGACUUGACUCAAGGAUGGAAGAACCUCAAAGCCGACGAUAAUGAUACUCCGCUGGUGAAAGGAUUGAAAGAUAAUUGCGUUGUGGCCUUUUCUUUCGAUGCGGAUGCGCCAGAGUUUCUUGUCGACGUGCCGAGUCUAGAUGAGGAAAUGGAGGAAGAGGAGGGCAUGGGUUCGGACGCAUGA